UAAUCAAACUCACUCACUCUAUCUCCUCUCGGUCUGUCUCUCUCUCACUCUCACUCUCACUCUCACUCUCGCGAUUUUCAUCUGCACUGCAUGCACCCACUCAUCGAGUCUCUCUCUCGUCGCAAGAUCGACCGAUCGACCUCAUCGCACACCUCACAGUCUCUUACUCUCUGGUUUUGCAUCUACACCGAUCGACCAACUCUCUCAUCGCACCGAUCGACCUCACAUCACAGCGAAAAGUGAUGGAUGAGAAAAUCAGACUCAAGGAGGAACAGGAGGAGUUUAAGGUACUCAAGGAGGAAAUGGACGUGAAAGUGGGACCGCCAAAAAGAGAUGAAUGGAUGACGACGUUACCCCCAGAAAGAAAACCUGGUGUGCCUACACAAACAACAAAGUUUAGCCGGACCUCUAAAGAUGGACGUGGCGAUACCAGUAUUUGGACAGAUAACCCAUCAGAGAGAGCCCAAAAAGCAAAGAUGAAUAACUUAGAGGCCUAUAACGAGGCUGCAGCACUCGCUUCUACGGAUCAAGAAAAUAAAAUUACAAAUUCAGAUGCAGCAUUGGUGGAUGAAUAUAACAAAAGGAAACGGCCGAAAUCAUUGGUAGAAAAGCACAGAGAGGCUGCUCGGACUAGCAGUAGUUCUAAAAAGAAAUCCAAGCAAGAGCGAGCAAAAGAGGAGUGGGAGGGGCAACAUCCAUGGAAGCCUUGGGAUCGUGAGAAGGACUUGACAGCUGGGCGGCAAAGUGUAAAACUGUAUGCUGAAGACAUGUCACAGGGUCUGGCAUCCCGUUUUUCUUCUGGAACCUUCCAGAGGAACUUCCUUUAGGGUACAAAUGGUGGGUUUGGUUAACAUGACUGAUUUGCUUCAUCCUUUGAGGUUCAUAGUUCGCAUGACGCUGGCAGGCAGAAGGAUAUCCUUGCUUUGUGGUUCGCUUGUUCAGAUUUUGGUUUCAUACUGAGAUGUCAGUCCCUUCUUCUAUUUUAUAUUUAGAAGUUGCGGAUUCCAACUGAACUGCACAGUUUCAUAUUUUUCAUGAUGUUAGAAUUUCUCUGUAGGUUGUGUUUGCAUAGUUGAUUUGUCAGGGGAAAUAAAAUAAGGAAAAUGAAAUUGCUCAUU